GUAGGCCUGCCAGGAUGGAGGGCCAUGCUGAAAUGGAGAUGCUGAGGACACUGAAGGGGCCCUCCACAGGGGAGGUCAGCGUGCACCUGGUGGCCAGAGACAGCCCAGGUUCUGGCCCUCACCAGCCUGCUACUGCCUUCAUCCUCCCAGCCAGCUCGGCCACGCUUGGCCUGCCCAGCAGCGCCCUGGAUGUGUCCUGCUUCCCGCGGGAGCCGAUCCAAGUGGGCGCCUCGGAGCGAGGGACCGGCAGCAUACCUGUCACGGCCACCGUUCUGCCGCAGUUAAGCGCCGUGCCAGCGGCUAGCUCCAGCGGCGGCACAGUGCGACUCCUGGAGUGGACCGAGGCCGCAGCCCCGCCUCCUGGGAGCGGCCUGCGGUUCCGGAUAAGCGAGUACACGCCGCCGAACAUGGUGGGAGCGGAGCAUCCCCCGAGCCCCGAACUGCGGAGGGAAGGUGUGGCUGAAUAUGAAGAUGGCGAGGCCCGGGCGGGAGGUGGCGACGCGGGUACCCAGAAGCCCGCCGACCUCCCACUGGUCCCUCCGGAAGAACCCCCUCAGGACCCUCCAGAGGAUGGUGGCACCUGUCACUGCCAGGCUUGCGGGCCUCAGCAAGGUGCUGGUCCAGAUCCCGGCUCCUCCAGCGAUGUCUGCCCUCAGCUGUUUCAGGAGCGGUCAGUCAUAGUGGAGAACUCCUCAGGCCUGAGCUCCUCCUGUGCCAGCGCUUCUGAGCUCCUCAAACCCAUGAAGAAGAGGAAGCGCAGGGAAUACCAGAGCCCAUCAGAGGAGGAGUCAGAGCCAGAGGUCAUGGAGAAGCAAGAAGAAGCAAAGGAUCCAGAGGGUCAACCCACCGCUAGCACCCCAGAAAGUGAGGACUGGAGCAGCAGUCAGCCUGCGUCGGGUGAGAAGAAGGAAGGCUGGUCGUGGGAGUCUUACCUGGAGGAGCAGAAGGCCAUCACUGCCCCCGUCAGCCUCUUCCAGGACUACCAGGCGGUCACUCAUAACAAGAAUGGCUUCAGACUGGGCAUGAAGCUGGAAGGCAUCGACCCCCAACACCCGUCCAUGUACUUCAUCCUCACCGUGGCCGAGGUGUGUGGCUACCGCCUUCGUCUGCACUUUGAUGGGUAUUCCGAGUGCCAUGACUUCUGGAUCAAUGCCAACUCCCCUGACAUUCACCCCGCUGGCUGGUUCGAGAAGACCGGGCACAAACUGCAGCCCCCGAAAGGUUACAAGGAGGAGGAGUUCAGCUGGAGCCAGUACCUGCGCAGCACCAGAGCUCAGGCCGCCCCCAAGCACCUGUUCGUGAGCCAGAGCCACAGUCCCCCACCCCUGGGCUUCCAGGUGGGCAUGAAGCUGGAGGCGGUUGAUCGCAUGAACCCGUCCCUUGUCUGCGUCGCCAGCGUGACCGACGUGGUGGACAGCCGCUUCCUGGUGCACUUUGACAACUGGGACGAUACCUACGACUACUGGUGUGACCCCAGCAGCCCCUACAUCCACCCCGUGGGCUGGUGCCAGAAACAAGGAAAGCCCCUCACCCCUCCACAAGACUAUCCAGAUCCGGAUAGCUUCUCUUGGGAGAAAUAUCUGGAAGAAACCGGGGCCACUGCUGUGCCUGCCUGGGCCUUCAAGGUGCGACCCCCACACAACUUCCUGGUCAACAUGAAGCUGGAGGCUGUGGACUGCAGGAACCCUGCUCUGAUUCGUGUGACCAGCGUGGAGGAUGUGGAGGACCAUCGGCUAAAGCUCCACUUCGACGGCUGGAGUCACGCCUAUGACUUCUGGAUCGACGCCGACCACCCAGACAUCCACCCCGCGGGCUGGUGCUCCAAGACCGGGCAUCCCCUGCAGCCUCCUCUCCGCCCCAGGGAACCCAGCUCCGCCUCCCUGGGGGGCUGCGCCCCUCUCAGCUGCCGGAGCCUGCCACACACUCGCACCUCCAAGUACAGCUUUCACCACCGAAAGUGCCCCACUCCGGGUUGUGAUGGCUCCGGCCACGUCACAGGCAAGUUCACAGCUCACCACUGCCUCUCGGGCUGCCCCCUGGCUGAGAGGAACCAGAGCCGGCUGAAGGCGGAGCUGUCCGACACAGAGGCCUCGGCCCGUAAGAGGAACCUCUCGGGCUUCUCCCUGAGGAAGAAGCCUCGCCAUCAUGGCCGGAUUGGACGCCCCCCAAAGUAUCGGAAGAUCCCGCAGGAAGAUUUCCCGACGCUAGGCAGCGACGUCAUGCGCCAGUCUUUCUUCAUGUCGGCUCUGUCUGCCCACCCUGACCGCUCGCUCUCAGUGUGCUGGGAGCAGCACUGCAAGCUCCUGCCCGGCGUGGCAGGCAUCUCAGCCUCGACGGUCGCCAAGUGGACCAUCGAUGAGGUCUUCGGCUUCGUUCAGACCCUGACAGGUUGUGAGGACCAAGCCCGGCUCUUCAAAGAUGAGAUGAUUGACGGCGAGGCCUUCCUUUUGCUGACACAGGCGGACAUUGUGAAGAUCAUGAGCGUCAAGCUGGGCCCCGCCUUGAAGAUCUAUAACUCCAUUCUCAUGUUCAAAAACGCCGAUGACACCUUAAAGUGAUGGGCUCCGGGUGGGCCUCCCCCGGCCUGAGCGGGGCCGCCCUUUGCAGCUGAGACUGCCCUCCCGACCUGAGUUCCUCCUAGCCCACCUGUGCCCCAUCUCUGCCUCAGCGGGGCUGGCCCUGCUCUCCGGAGCCGCUUCUAGAGGCAUGAGGGAGCAGAGGGGCCCUGGGGAGGUCGGAGUCCAAGCCUCCGCGUCCUGGAGCUCAUCUGCCAGCCGGGCUUCUGGUGAGGGUGUGACGGGUGGGGAGCUGGGCAGGUUGGAGGUGCCCAGCCUGUGGCAGCACCACCCCCAAGCGCCAGGUCCCUCCCUGCUCUGGUCUCCGCGACUUUGGCGUUAUCACGGGAGUCCUCCACACAGGCCCUUUGUCUUCAGCAUCACUCCACGCUCCUUCCCUCUGCUCCUUUCCUCCACCCCCACCAGCCCCCUGCCACCGACAUGGCUACCCACCAAGACUGCUCCUCCCUUCUGUCUGCUGGUUUGCUGCCCUCACUCUGCUGCCUGAUUCCCUGGGCUGCUCCCCCAGCCACACCCCUGGCUCUUCCCCUUUGGGUGUGUGAGCCCUGGAGACCUGUUUUCACAGCCUCCUGGGGUCUUAAACUGCUUUUUCCCCUCUGGCUCAGAAGUAGGGGCUUCUGGGCCAAGGUGCCUUUUAUUGGUGCCCACGUCCAGGACAUUUUUAGUUCCCGUGCCAAGUCCUGUUUGUAAAGCUGGUGAGAGCCCAUGUCGGGUGUGAGAGGAGGCAGCCUGGCCAGGAGGGUACCUGGGCUUGGCAUCCUUCUGCACAGCCAUGGCUCUUGCGGUGUUGCCUGUAGGGUGAGGUUACUGCGCCUGCCAGACCUCCAGCCCUGGGCAGGCAGCAGCCUGCCCAGCACAGCCCCCUGAUAGUGCAUUUGGCCUGCCCCUUCAAUGCCCUGCUCUUGAGGAGCCUCACAAAGACCACUCAAAGUCGGGCGCCCGGAAGGUGAAUUCUUUGAAUUCUCCACAUCCCUUAAGCCCUUCUUGCCAUUCUCCAUCCCUCUUGCAUUGCCAUCUGGGUACUGCGAGGGCUUGGGGCUCCAUCAUUCUUUCCAGUUUGGGGCCCAGCCUCAACUGAACCACUGCCAAACCUGCCUCCCAGCCUGGGGGCGAAGGGCAGAGCGCCCGUGGGAGCCGGUCCCAGGGGAGGUGAGGAGCAAAUGUCGGAAUUCUAUGGCCCCAGGUGCUGAAAUGGGUCUGCAGGGUACGGGACGAGGACCCCUCCCCAGACCCCUCCUCUCGUCAUGUGAUUGUGUGAUUAUGUGUGUGUGUGUGUGUGUGUGUGUGUGAGACUCUCAAGUAUUUGACAGAGUGCAGAUGUAAGGCUAUUUUGAGAUGUUGUCAAGGGCUAUUAUUUAAAUAGGAAGCUUUAUUUUUCCCUUAGAAGCGGGGCCCCAAAGCUACCGAUUUCCUGCCACAGCCCAGAAGGGAGCCCUCUCUCACCUAUGCCCAGACGGCUUUUGAGGACAGCCUUUCUGGGGGGAGCUGGAUGGGCCGUGCCUCUGGCCACAGGCUGGUUGACAGAGGUUGUCCUGGUGCCCCCAGGCAAGACUAGGGAGGAACAAGUCAAGACCUAUGUCUCCUUUGCUUGGCGAGUGGCCAGACUCAUCAGCUCCAUGGCCUCGUCUGCUUCUGUCCAAAACCAGGGAGGGAAGCUCACGGCCGGUGUGAGGAGGCAGCAAGGCCUUAAGCGGGACGGGGACUUGAGGCUUCUACAAGUUCCUUUCUCCAAAGGGAAGGGCCGGCGGCUCUGCCAUGUGGGUCUGCGACCAUGCUCCUAACGCUUGAAGGCAGGUUGGACCGAGGGCUUUGGAGAAAGGAACUUGAGGCCUAAGCGCGUUCUGCGCCCAUGUCAAACUCAGAAAACCAAAUUAUUAAGAAGGGAAAGCAACUGCUUCCAGCCACCCUUUUUGCCUCUGUCCUGUCCCCAGAUGAGCUCGGUGCACCUUGACCCGGGAGUACGUGAAGGGAGGGGUUGGCAGGGGUGCCCGCUGCCCUGUGCCAGCAGCAGGCACCUCUUACACUUUGACCCUGGCAGCCUCGCCCAGCCCUCGCCCAGCCCUGGCGUAGGGCAGUGAGGACCUUGUUGAGUUUCUGAAGCAGAGAGACUGAUCCGAGUUCAGUAGUGAAGCCGUUUGCACUUUGAUUCACAUGCACUUUUCGUAGGGUUACAUUUUUGUACUUGCCUGUGUGUGUGCGCGUGCGUGUACGUGCAAGUGUGUGUGUUAGGAGACUCCUCCAGUUUAGACUAAAGUCACCUUUUGAGAGAGAAAAAGUUAUAAACACAACGUGGUGUAUUUUGUCAGUGUAUUGAAACAACAUAAAUAAA